AGAAUCAAUUUUUAGAUUUUGCAUAUUCCAAACCGACAAAAACGAGAUAACCGCAAAUGCUUUAUUUUUCCAAGACGUUUCUUGCACGGCUACAGAAUAUUGGAAAAUAUUUUUGGAUGAUCGACCUGCUAUUAUCAUCCUAAAAGUAGUUUCUGUUUAGUAAAUAAUAAUUUUCUUAAAACAGCUUAAGGUAUUUUCGUUGCAGUUUAAAAAAUGCUGAAUUUUCGGGUCGCGGUUGCGUGAAGGUUAAGAUAUCAUCGAAAUAAAACUCAUUUCGGCAUAAUUAUUACGGCAUUAAUUUAUGUAAACUUACUACCCAUUCACUGUACAAUACUCGGCAUAAUAAGCUAUGCACAAAGCAAAAGCUUUUUAUCGAACAAGCCUCGAAAAGUUUCACAUCAAAUGUGUCCAUCGCUAUAAUAAACAAGCCAAGUUUUUUUACACCAAAAGCUUUUAGUUAAACACAGAAGCUCUUUGUGAGCUUUCAAUUGACUUUAAUUGCAGGGGUUGGACACAGAGUUUCACAAUAAAUAAUACGUUUACAUUUGCAUAAAUAAAUUUAUUAAAUAUAUAAAUUUCAAUUUCAUCAAAUAAUGAUACUAUCGAAUCGGAAUUCAUUAUUAAAUAAACAAAAUGUAGACCGUGGUUUUCUUGGAUUACUAUGUUAUUGUUAUAUACUGUUAUCAAAGAUUUUACAUGUCUAUGCUUUGCCACCAGUGAUUCGAGUUGGCGCAAUAUUUACGGAAGAAGAGAGAGAAAGCAGUGUCGAAUCUGCUUUUAAGUAUGCCAUAUAUCGAAUAAACAAAGAAAAAAUACUUCUUCCAAAUACCCAGCUUGUUUAUGACAUUGAAUAUGUCCCUCGCGAAGACUCUUUUAGAACCACAAAAAAGGUUUGCAGGCAACUUGAAACGGGAGUCCAAGCCAUUUUUGGACCAACUGAUCCACUUCUUGCUGCUCAUGUUCAGUCUAUAUGCGAGGCAUACGACAUACCCCACAUUGAAGCUCGUAUCGAUCUUGAAUAUAACUCUAAAGAAUUUUCGGUCAAUUUAUUCCCAUCCCUCAAGCUCCUAACACUUGCUUACAAAGACCUAAUGGUAUACCUAAACUGGACAAAGGUGGCAAUUAUAUAUGAAGAAGAUUACGGCCUAUUUAAUCUGAUGCACUCCACAAGUGAGACGAAAACUGAAAUGUAUAUAAGGCAAGCCAACCCGGAAUCAUACCGAAAAGUAUUGCGAGCAAUUCGUCAAAAGGAAAUUUACAAAAUAAUAGUUGACACUAACCCAGAUUUCGUAAAACAGUUUUUUAGAGCUAUAUUACAAUUGCAAAUGAAUGAUCACCGAUACCACUAUAUGUUCACAACUUUUGAUUUGGAAACCUAUGAUUUAGAGGAUUUCAGAUAUAAUAGUGUAAACAUUACAGCGUUUCGAUUAGUAGAUGUCAAUAGCAAGCUUUAUGUAGAAGUCAUUGAUCAAAUGCAAAGGCUUCAACACAAUGGACUGGAAAAAAUUAAUGGAUUACCAUAUUUUCAGACUGAAUCCGCUUUAAUGUAUGAUUCGGUGUAUUCUUUUGCGUCUGGAUUACAUAGUUUACAAUUAGAUGUGACCAAAUUGGUUUUAAGAAAUCUUUCUUGCUCCUCUGAUCAAGUAUGGGAAAAUGGAUUGCUACUUUACAAUAACAUAAAUUCGGCUUCCACGGAUGGAUUAACCGGUAAUUUAUUUUUUGUGGAAGGUCGUCGAUCCAAAUUUAAGCUGGAUAUUCUUAAAUUGAAGCAAGAAAGCAUUCAAAAAGUCGGAUACUGGGACCCUGAUGGAGGUGUUAACAUAUCCGACCCCAAUGCGUUUUAUGACUCCAAUAUCGCUAAUAUUACCUUAGUGGUAAUGACUAGAGAGGAACGUCCUUAUGUUAUGGUUAAAGACGAUAAAAAUCUUACUGGAAAUGAUAGGUUUGAAGGUUUUUGUAUCGAUCUUCUUAAAGCAAUUUCACAACAAGUUGGCUUUCAAUACACUAUUGAACUAGUUCCCGACAAUAUGUAUGGUGUUUAUAUACCAGAAACCAAUACAUGGAAUGGUAUUGUUCAGGAAUUAAUGGAAAGGAGGGCGGAUCUUGCUGUAGCUUCAAUGACUAUUAACUACGCACGAGAGAGUGUUAUUGAUUUUACAAAACCAUUCAUGAACCUGGGUAUUGGUAUUCUGUUUAAGGUGCCGACCAGUCAACCUACAAGACUCUUCUCUUUUAUGAACCCAUUGGCCAUCGAGAUUUGGCUUUAUGUGCUAGCUGCUUAUAUGUUAGUAUCAUUCGCUCUAUUUGUGAUGGCUCGAUUUUCUCCAUACGAGUGGAAAAAUCCUCACCCAUGUUACAAGGAAAUGGAUAUAGUUGAAAACCAGUUCUCCAUAUCAAAUAGUUUCUGGUUUAUAACUGGUACGUUCCUACGUCAAGGAUCUGGACUCAAUCCAAAGGCAACGUCGACACGGAUUGUUGGUGGAUGUUGGUUUUUUUUCUGCUUAAUAAUAAUAUCGUCCUAUACCGCCAAUUUGGCUGCCUUUUUAACGGUCGAGAGGAUGAUAUCUCCUAUAGAAAGUGCUGCUGACUUAGCGGAACAAACUGAUAUAUCCUAUGGAACAUUAGAAGGCGGAUCUACAAUGACUUUUUUUAGGGACUCCAAAAUUGGGAUCUAUCAGAAAAUGUGGCGAUACAUGGAAAAUCGAAAAGCUUCCGUAUUUGUUAAAACCUAUGAAGACGGAAUUAAACGAGUUAUGGAUGGAAACUAUGCGUUUUUAAUGGAAUCUACUAUGCUGGAUUAUGCCGUUCAACGAGAUUGUAAUUUAACUCAGAUAGGAGGGUUAUUGGAUUCUAAGGGUUACGGUAUUGCAACACCAAAAGGCUCUCUAUGGAGGGAUAAAAUUUCACUCGCCAUCUUAGAGCUACAAGAAAAGGGAAUAAUUCAAAUAUUGUAUGAUAAAUGGUGGAAAAACACAGGAGAUGUUUGCAACAGAGAUGAUAAGAGUAAGGAAUCGAAAGCUAAUGCCCUUGGAGUAGAAAAUAUAGGUGGAGUUUUUGUCGUUUUGCUAUGCGGUCUUGCGCUUGCUGUGGUUGUAGCAAUAUUUGAAUUUUGCUGGAACUCAAAAAAGAAUGUGAAUAUAGAAAAUCAAUCAUUAUGCUCGGAAAUGGCUGAGGAGCUUCGUUUUGCAAUGCACUGCCAAGGAUCAAAAUCAAAGCAUAGAUCUCGCAAUAGAAAUUGUAUAAAAUGUUCCAAUGUUUCCACAUAUGUUCCAACUAAUGUCGGGACACCACAUGUUGGUGUUAACUAUAAUUAUUUUAGCUGAUCUAUAACCAUAUUAUGUGAAUGUAUAACUGUAAGAAAGAAAAUAAUGUCUACCACAUUUGUUGGUUUUCAACAAAUAUUUAUUUAAGAAAUGUCCAAAACAAAAACGGCACAUCCUCCUCAGUUUUCACAAAAAGCACAUAUAAUAAAUUUUACAACCUCCAUUUCGUUAUUAUUUAAAAAAAAAUUCUUUAAUUUGGUACAUUCGAAGAUAAAAUAAGUCAUUCAUUAAAAUAAUAAUAAACAAUCAA